AUGGGUGCCAAAGUUUAUUGCGUGGGUGUAAAAGACUAUAGGAAAGACCAGCUGAAUGACAUUGUAGAAAGAAGGGAUCAAAUAUAUGGUGUAGACAAUGGAUUCAAGUCCCUGAAAGACAUUAUUGACUUGCUGGUGGUAAAUUCCUGUCAUGAAGUCAUGGCUGGGGAGAGUUACUUUGUCUGUGUAGGAGAAGAAUAUGCUGUGACAUUUUAUGAUACUUCCUUAGAUCUAUACACAAAGGAUGAAAUUGUUUGUAGAUACAAGUUGGAAGACAACAGUUUCUAUGAUAAAAAAGCCAUAUUUAAGGAUGAUGAAUCUUUAGUUUGUCCAGGACAUACCUUUGAGAAGCCUGGAAAGGUGGUCAUUAUCGAAUACAGCCUGAACAAUGGGGUCACCUUCAUUGAGGAGAACAUAAAAGCCACAAGCCUGAACUGUGAGGACCCAUUAAAGUCCAUAGAACGAACAGAGAUAACCACCAUACCCACGACGACCACAACGCCUACGACGACCACAACGCCUACGACAACCACAACAACCACAAUGACCACAACGACCACGACGACAACGACAACCACAACGACCACGCGGACAACCACAACAACCACAACGACCACGUGGACAACCACGACGCUCACUACAACCACACCUACGACUACGACAACCACACCUACAACUACAACGACCACACGGACGAUCACAGUGUCCACCACUAUCACAUGGGAGAUGACUGAGAAAGCAAUAGUCACACCAGAGUCAGCAGGGCCCAUGGUGGUCACAGAAAAGCCAAUCCUUUACAGAUCUCUCCUCUACCCAGUGCUCGUCCCCACCCUGCUCAUCAUCCCUGUGGUUAUCUGCUGCAUCUGCUGCUGCAAGAACACUGACAAGGAGCCACCACCAAUGGAGAUAAUAGAAAGGGAGUCAGACACGUGUAUGCAGAGAUGCACUCCAGUGAUCAUCCCUUGUUGUCCCUACCAGGAAGACAUGAGUCGCAUAGAGGACAAACUGGAUACCCUGUGUGACUUUAUUCAAAGCUGCAACCAGCUGCCAUUGAUGUGGUGUCGGUGUCAGCCUGGUGACCAGGAGUGGACAGGAAGAUGAACCAAGAGAUAUCAAGACGUAUCUGGUGAGGUCAGGGCAGUCAGAAUGGAGGCCAUGUCU